CAGCUCCCUUCCCUUCAUCACAAACAGUCCCUGGGGAACAGAAGUGAUGGACCUCAAGGAGUUUUGCCUGAGUGAGAACUUACAGUUUCUAAACCAGCACAAUCUUUUGGAUGCGUCCGCCUCUGAUGAGCCUCCGUCCCCGACCGAUGCUCCGCUCAAAGCCGCCCCGCUGAGCCCCUCGCUCGGCCUGGACAGCAGCGCGACCCCCUUCAGCCCCGGCAGCGCGUCGGACAGCAGCGGCUACAGCGUCUUCUCCGGGAACCCGUCUCUGAACCCGGACUCCCCCGUCAGCUCCAGCUCCAUCUCCAGCAGCAGCGCUGUGGCUCUCUUCCAGCCCGUCGGUCACACAGAGUCCCUGCUCAGCUGCGACUACAUCGCGGCUCUGAACCCGGGACCGAAGCGCCUGUGCCUGGUGUGCGGAGACUUCGCGUCCGGGUAUCACUACGGCGUCGCGUCGUGUGAGGCGUGCAAGGCCUUCUUCAAAAGAACCAUUCAAGGAAACAUCGAGUACAACUGUCCGGUGGUGAACGACUGUGAGAUCACUAAGAGACGGAGGAAAUCAUGCCAAGCGUGUCGUUUCCAGAAGUGCCUGCGCGCCGGGAUGAUGAGAGAGGGUGUGCGUAUGGACCGCGUGAGAGGAGGCCGACAGAAGUACAAGCGCAGAGUGGAUUCAGCGCUCUCUCUCUUCACCAAAACACCUUACGCUCACCCCAACAAACCCAUCCGAAACAAAGUGAUCUCUCAGCUCCUCGUAUGUGAACCAGCUCCUCUGAGAGCCGCCCCUGACCCCGCGACCCCUGACAGUGACCUUAAAACCCUGCUGACCUUAUGUGACCUGCUGAACAGGGAGCUGCUGGUCAUGAUCGGCUGGGCCAAACACAUUCCAGGUUUCUCCGGCCUCUCGCUGGUGGAUCAGAUGGCGCUGCUCCAGAGCGGCUGGAUGGAGACGCUGGUGCUGAACGUGGUUUGGAGAUCUCAGGGUUCGGCUGACGAGCUUCAGUUUGCAGAGAACCUGCGACUGAACGAGAGCCAGAGCCGAGCCGCAGGACUUCACGAUCUCUACACGGCUCUGAGACACCUGACCUCCAAAUACCAGCAGAUGAGCCUCAGCCAGGAGGAGCUGCUCACGCUCAAAGCAAUGGCUCUGGCCAACUCAGACGCAGAGAAUGUGGAGGGUGCCGAGGCCGUGCAGCGCUUCCAGGACGGGCUCCAUGAGGCCCUGCAGGACUACGAGAGCAGCCAGCGUCCGUCUGAAUCUCACCGCGCCGGACGCCUGCUCAUGACGCUCCCGCUGCUGCGUCAGACGGCGCUCAGAGCCGUGCGCUGCUUCAGCCGGCUGCACAGAGACGGACGCGUGCCCAUGCACAAACUCUUCCUGGAGAUGCUGGACGCCACAAUCUAGAGCAGGACUGAGCCGUUUUCAACCCCUUGGGUGUCACACCCAUUUGUGAGCAUAGACGUGGAAGUGCACGAUCACAACUUAUCCAGCAGUUUU